CGUCAUUUAAUUCGACUCGCUAAGGUAAAUAACUUAGCCAUAGCAAUUGUUAAUCAAGUCAGUGAUGUCACUUCGAUUUGGGAUCACGACGAAGAUGCAUUAAACAUGGAUUACCAAGUGGCUAUUAAUUCUGGAUGGGAUAAAUCUACGAUCUACGAACAUUUCAGCCAUUAUAAUGGUGAAGCUCUGAAUUUAGGGCUAACAAGCAUGAGUUCGCAUGUACAUGGCCCACAAUUUCAAGAAGCCAAAAGAUUCAAGGCAGAUUUUGUUGAUCCACGUUUCCAACAUGCCCCUCUGUGGAAGCCUGACGCGGAUCACACAAAUCGAAAAAACUCAACGAAGCAUGUACCAACUUUAGGAUAUCCAUGGAGUAAGCGGAUUCACAACCGUAUUCUUCUAAUGAAAUAUUAUGAGCCUAUAAUCAGAAAUGAAGAUAAUACGAGUUUAAGGGAUCCAGAAAGUGGUUUAACAUAUACUCAGCUUUGUGACGGUUUUGACAUCAAGUCAAAUGCCGAUCAAGAGAUUCCAAUACGAAAAAGAGAGUCAGAUCAUCCGGUGAUUGAAGGCUGGAAUGUGCGGAGGUUUAUGCAAGUGCUAACUUCAUCGACAAAUCCUCGUAUCCUCGAUAAUCGAACCGAGUUUGAAUUAGGUAGUAUGGGGUUAUCGGAGAAAAAUUAAUACAUGUGGGUGCUGGUGAUCAUGUGCGCAAAUGGUCGUGUACGACGCCCAUGCAGAACAAAAUGAUAAUCACCUGAACAACCAAAUUGACCACAGAC